UGGAAGGGUAUUAGAACUUAUUUCUUCGUUGGCAGGAAAUCCCAACUCUGUGGAUGCACCCUAGCUGUGUGUAAGUGCGCGUGUGAGGGCUGCGUGUGUGUGAGUGCCGAGUGCGUGCCUCUUGUGAGUGUCGACCAUCUUGAAACGCUGGACUCUCCGAGAAUACCUCAAUCACUUGCCUUUCCAACUCCAACUCCCAAGGUCUCUCUCUCUCUCUCGUUUUCAUUGAAGGGUCCCUUUCCCUUUCUUUCAUUUCAACGGCACUCUCCCACAUUUCCCUUUAAGCAUACAACUGUAGAGUUGCGAACAAUUAACAAAAGGUCCAACUUCAAAUGCAGAUUUGUAGGAUGAAUUGUUGAUCACAGUUAGGUUUUGUGGAAUCUGGAGUCUCACUCGGUUGAACUUCCUACUUUCUUCAUCCUUUUUUCUUUUAUAUGGAAUGUGAAGUAGGAUUGGAUGAGAAUUUCAAAUAGGUUUGCACAUUUUGAUGAAUUUUGUGUCUGGAGAUGGAUCCUCCUUCUCUGAUUAAUGAAGGUUCGUUUCCCGCCGCUAACCCGUCCCCUUAUAGCUUGGCUGAGAUUUGGCCGUUUCCGCUCAAUGGUGGUGGAGGUGUUGGAGAUUCCGCUGGUGUUUUGGGAUUGAGGAGGAAUAAUUUUGGGCAGAAUUUGGGUGGGUUUGUAGAGAGUGCCGGGACGGGGACGGCGGUGAAUCGGGAUAUGUCCAUCGAUGAGUCAACGAUUACGGAGCAGAGCGUGAGUCGUGGUGGGAAUGGAAGGAAGCGUAGAGAUGCUGGUUCGGAGGAUGAAUCGUCUAAGCUUGUCUCUACAAGCAGUGGCAAUGAUGUGAACGAUUGUGAUGGUAAACGUCUAAAGGUUUCGAGAUCCAAAGAUGAAAAUGGUGAUUCAAAAACUGAAACAGAAGCAAGUUCUGGCGCUGGUAACAAGCCAGCUGAACAAAACACACAACCUCUUGAACGGCCUAAGCAAGAUUACAUUCAUGUGCGGGCAAGGAGGGGCCAAGCUACUGACAGCCACAGUCUAGCAGAGAGAGCUAGGAGAGAAAAGAUCAGUGAGAGGAUGAAAGUUCUUCAAGAUCUGGUUCCUGGAUGUAACAAGGUCAUUGGCAAAGCUGUGGUCCUUGAUGAAAUAAUUAAUUACAUCCAAUCACUCCAGCGUCAAGUUGAGUUUUUGUCGAUGAAGCUUGAAGCAGUUAAUUCAAGAAUGAACCCAGGCAUUGAAGGAUUCCCUUCAAAAGAUUUUGGUGCACAGACAUUUGAUACUACUAGUAUGGCAUUCAGUUCACAAGCUGCAAGGGAAUAUGGCCAAGGAUCACCACCAGAAUGGCUGCAUAUGCAGAUCGGUAGCAGCUUUAAAGAUCAGCACAAUUUUAGUUAAUUCUCAUCAAUUGGCAAUAAAGGGCAUCAAGCAGCUUGCUUCCUCUUCCAGUGGUUUCCAACAAUUAUAUCCUCAUCAUCUUAACUCAGAGAAAAGUAAUUAUUAUUUUCUGCAUGUGAUAUGGAGCUAUGCUUUCUGUUUAUAUGACUGAGCUUCAAUUGAAAAUCUGAAACAGUCUCCAUUUCCUCGUGUGUUAGAGAUCCAUUCUUUACCUUCAUGUAUCAUUUGACAGGAAGUCCUCUUCUUGUUGUAUCACUGAACUUGAAUUAAACCUCCUAGUAUGAAUGCUGUUCUUGAACUCUUUUAGACCUAACUAAAGAAAAAUGCUUUUUCAAAAUUUA